UUUCUCCCUCCCGAUAUCACUCCCCCUCUCUUUCUCUCCCACGCUACAACCCUCGUCGCGUCGCUGCACGUCCCUCUCGCGCGCGCCUCGGCGCCUCGUCCUCCACCGUGCCGGUGCCGCAGUACCGACUGCUUUCCGCGGAAGGUGGAAACCCGUGUAACGCGGCCGUAUAUAGAUUUUCAAUUAGUCAAGGGGCGGCAGCGUGGGUAGGAAAUUAUGUGAGUAGCCGCGAGUACUUGAACACUCGCCGCCAGUCGCAGCUGUGCGAGUCGUGCACCGCGAAAGUCGUCGUCAACGUAGACCACCGGUCUCCCGCCGUCGCUUUAUUUCGCGUUCCUCGCGCGCCCGCUUCGUCGCCACCACGCGCGAGUCCCCGAGACGCGAGAACCGCGUGUGCGGCGAUCCAACGCUCUGUGCAUCAUCCUCGUCGUCCACCUCCUCUGCGAGGGUGGUCACGCGUCGCGUCGCGCCGCGCGCGUGUUCCGUCUCGGCCAGCCAGCGUGGAAAGAUCGAUUUCCCAGCGGCGUGUACGAAGCGUGCGAGACAGAGAGAGGGAAAGCGUGUGCGUUCUUGCGGCCGAGUGUUUACGGGAUCACGUUGUGGACUCGAUCCCCUCCUAACCUGUGUGAGCGAUGACUCGCCAGUGACGACAGUAGGCCAGAGAUAGGAGAGAUAGAUCUCCUCGCCUGUGCGACGUCGCGUCGCGUCGCGUCGCGCCGCGCCGCGCCGCGCCAAGCGCAUCACCGGGACGUCCCCGGCGAUCUUGGAGAACCGGGAUCACUCGCGGGAGCGAGGAUGCUGCGCGCGGUCUUCGCCGUCCUGCUGCCACGGUUCCUCGCACUGUCGCCGUUGCUGCUUCACUCAGGCAUCGUCGCCCUACGCAUGACAUCCCUGCAGAUACCAGAGCACGUCGUGCUGAAUGAGACGGUGCGCAUGCAGUGCAACUUCAACCUGGACAAUGAGCUAUUGUACUCGGUGAAGUGGUACAAGGACGGCCACGAAUUUUAUCGCUAUGUGCCGAGCGACGCGCCCACAGUGCUGACGUUCCCGGUGCCCGGUGUGAACGUGAACACACACGAUUCCACCAAGAGUUCGGUCGUCCUGAACAACGUGAAUCUCACGAGCUCAGGAAGGUAUCGAUGCGAGGUGUCGGCCGAGGCUCCCUCCUUUCAGACCGUCUCUGAUCACGCGGACAUGAUCGUGGUCGUUCUACCUAACGAAGGACCGCAGAUAACCGGUGGCCGUUCCAAGUAUCAGGUGGGCGAUAUCGUUCACAUGGACUGCACGUCGGCACCUUCUAAACCAGCUGCGCUGUUGUCCUGGUUCAUCAACGACGAGCCAGCCGACAGCAACUACCUGAUAGGGCCCCACCUUAUCGCAGUCGACGAGAACGGUUUGCAGACCGCGGCGCUCGGUCUAGAGUUCCGCGUCGCGAACAAGCACUUCAGGCGGGGCGACAUGAAGCUAAAGUGCUUGGCCACAAUAGCCACGGUCUAUCUGCAGAGCAACGAGGAGAGCGUGGAAGGCGACGAGAGCAUUCUGAAGACGCCCAUGAUGGAGAGCCGCGAGACCCGGGCGCAGAGUCACACUCGCGAGGACUUGACGAACGGUAAGUUGCUCUCUCGUGUCGCAACGCGGUUGAGUUGCUCCACUCGAUACCAUCGUGAAACGCUUAAUCGGGUCGCUGUCGUCCCUCUUCUGACUAAUUGUAAGGCAUAUAGCAUGGAGCCCAUGACUCUGGGGUCACCGAUGAGCAGUCCAAUACAAAUUCCUAGUACUCCAGGAAGCUCCUCACCGUAUUUGCCAAGUUUUCUCUUGGGUGAUACUCAACCACCAACCAAAAUUAUGACACCACCUCAAGAUAAUCCUCGACAUUUGAACAUUACCAAUACUAGUCUAAUGUCACCGAUUUCAUAUGGAACUCCAGACUAUCGGUCUAGCCGUCAGAAGGCAGUAUUUGGGAACACUACAGCUCCCAGUACACCACAAAUGAGUACGAAGAAUCAUACUGGAGGUCCACCAACUCGUGCACUAUUUGAUGUUCUGGAGACCUCACAGCUAUCUUCUUCAUAUGUAUCAAACCCAAAUCUCAUGUCCACACAAGCCAACCAAUCAAAACUCAUGAUGAACACGAUGAACAGUCCGCUGUUGUUUCCUGAUAGUCCAAUGACCUCAAGCACAAGCGAGUCCCAGGGGCUGCUGCAGUGGGUCACUGUCUUUGGCUUCCUACCAACUGAUAUUAAUGCUGUGCUAUCUCACAUCUCCAGCAGAGUACGAAUAGUGGAUAAACACCCAGCCCCACAACCGCAAAGCAAUUGGAUACAUCUGAAAUGCGCGUCGGAGCAAGAGGCACAGAGAGCUCUCACGUGCAACGGCAGCAUCGUCUCAGGUUCGAUCAUGAUCGGUGUGAUACCUUGCACAGAUGAGGGCGUGGUUAUGAGUUCGGAUAAGGAGAAUCGCGCCAAAUUGAACGGCAGUAUAAGAUCGUUAUCGUCGAGGGGCUGUCAAUCGUCGAGUUUCAACACGUCGCCUGGCAGACGGCGAAAGCUGAGAUCCUUGGCCGCCGGUUAUAAUCAGCACUUCAGCCCACAAACGGCACAAUCGCCACAGAACGUGCCGCAAAAGUCGGCCGGCUUAGUAUCGAAAGCAAUGGAAUACAUGUUCGGCUGGUAGUGCUGCUCAAUUAUUAUACUCGAAUUUUACACCCUUUGAACGAGUGGUUAUACGGAAGUGAAAGGAUAACAAUCAAUGAAUGAAAAACGAUCAAUGUGAUUUUUAACUAGAGUAAGCGCCUAACAUUCUUCUUCUGCCCUGUUAACAAGAAAAUAAAUGAAACACUCCAAACAUAUGAUGUACGAUAUGAUGAUAUAGGAUGUCUUUACAGCCAUAAUCCUCUUUCAAAAUACAGUAUUAUACAUUAUUAUCACAUGUUGUAACACAACUGUUGUAAAUAUCUUCAUGAUUAUAUGGAACAGAUGUCAAAGAUUAUAUGGAAUAGAGUUAAAGACAUCUCGUAUAUGUACUAAACUAGGAUUGAAUAUAUAUAUCUUCUAUUCUGCAUUAUA